AUGAGGGAGUGCAUCUCGGUGCACGUGGGGCAAGCGGGCGUCCAGAUGGGAGUGGCGUGCUGGCAGCUGUACUGCCUGGAGCAUGGCAUCAGACCUGACGGGACCCUGCCCGGCUGUGACAGCGACGUAGCAGACUCCUGCUUCAACACAUUCUUCUCUGAAGCAGACCGAGGAAAGAUGGUGCCCAGGGUCGUGAUGGUAGAUCUAGAAGCUACUGUUAUAGACGAGGUGCGUACGGGUGAGUAUCGUCAGUUGUAUCACCCUGAGCAGCUAAUCACGGGCAAGGAGGACGCUGCCAACAACUACGCGCGGGGACACUACUCGACCGGCCGCGAGGUGCUGGGACCGGUGAUGGAACGAGUGAGGAAGCUGGCAGACCAGUGCACCGGCCUGCAGGGUUUCUUCGUGUUCCACUCGUUCGGAGGAGGGACAGGUUCUGGCUUCACGUCUCUUUUGAUGGAAAAGUUGUCGGACGAAUUCGGUAAAAAGAGCAAACUGGAGUUCGCGAUAUACCCGGCGCCUCAAGUGUCGACGGCGGUGGUGGAGCCCUACAACGCUGUGUUGACGACCCACGCUACCAUCAGCCACUCGGACUGCGCCUUCAUGGUUGAUAAUGAGGCGAUAUACGACAUCUGUAGGAGACGGCUGUCUAUAGAGAGACCGUCGUACGCGAAUCUGAAUAGGCUUAUAUCACAGGUGGUGUCUUCCAUCACGGCGUCGCUCCGGUUCGACGGAGCCUUGAACGUGGACCUGACGGAGUUCCAGACGAACCUGGUGCCCUACCCCCGGAUACACUUCCCGCUCGCUGCCUACGCACCAGUCGUGUCUGCUGACAAGGCGUACCAUGAAGGCAUGUCAGUGUCUGAGAUCACGGCGGAGCUGUUCGAACCUCAGAACCAGAUGGUGAAGUGUGACCCUCGCGAGGGGAAGUAUAUGGCGUGCUGCUUGCUGUACCGAGGGGACGUGGUGCCCAAGGAUGUGAACGCGGCUAUAGCGGCCAUGAAGGGGCGAGCGGGGAUACGCUUCGUGGACUGGUGUCCCACUGGCUUUAAGGUGGGUAUAAACUACCAGCCGCCGUCGGUGGUGGCUGGCGGUGACUUGGCGCAGGUGAAGCGCGCCGCCUCUAUGCUCAGUAACACGACGGCCAUCGCGGAGGCGUGGGGGAAACUUGACCACAAGUUCGACCUCAUGUACUCGAAGCGGGCGUUUGUCCAUUGGUACGUGGGCGAGGGUAUGGAGGAGGGGGAGUUCACGGACGCUAGGGAGGACCUCGCGGCGCUCGAGAGAGACUAUGACGAGGUGGCCAUAGAGACGUCAGACAUGGCGCCCGGCUGCGAGGACGCGUUAUGA